AUUUGCUUAUUGCAUCUGAUACGCGCGAUUUUUACGCGAGCAUUUUAAUGGUCAAUCUUAUUGGUUGAAAUCUUUGUAUGUGCUACACUUGCUAUAUAAAUUUUAAAAGAUUUUGAGUUAAAUACAAAACAAAGAAUUUAAUAGUUACAAAGAUAAAAAAUUUUUUUAUGUCACGAAAUCAUUAUCCUUCAAAUUAUCAGGCAUGGCCUAAUCAACAACCGCAAUCGGCCCAAUGGCAAUACCAACAACAGCAACAGCAACAGCAGCAACCAGAGUAUUUACAACAACAGUUCAUAUAUCAAACUCAGCAACAAGCCCGAAUUCACGGUCAGCAACAAAACUAUUAUCAACAACCGCAAGCUCAAUAUGGAUAUAUGGAGUAUUCUCCUUCACCUUAUAACAGGAGUUACGAAUCAAUUCCUUUUGUGAGCCCCCAAAACUCAAUGUCCGCUCCUUUGUCACAAAAUUCUUAUCAUAUGACUCAACAACUUCCUCCAGUAAAUCAAUACGCUCAACCUCAAAUUUCACAACAACAAAGUCAACAGCAACUUUAUCAACAUCAAUUACAACAACAAUUUGCACAACAGCAAUUGAUUCAGCAGUCUCAACAGCCAGUUCCUCAACAAAUAACACUCUCAGAACAUUUGGCUCCAGCACGUCAAUUGUCGCAACCUAUAGUACCUACUCAAGCUCUUCCACAAGCUCCUACACAAAUUAAUGUGUAUCAACAAACACCAUCGUCUCAAUUUUCACAGAAGUCAUUACAAGAACCUCAAUUACUUCCAUAUCAAUUGUUAUGGUAUCUAGCAGAACAUUAUUUAACAAAAGCAUCCGCUUUGCCCACUUCAUCACUAGCCAAUUUUCCAACACUAUCUCCACAACACCAACGGCAAAUAUUGGCAGCGAUUAAUUGUUUGGAGGCAGUUCUUAAAAGUAUAACGAAUGGGAAAAAUUAUAUGACAUUAAUUGAGUUGAAAACGCGCUUUAGGUUAAGUCAAAUUCUUUUUUGGUUUACUGAUAAUAUUCGAGAAGCAGAAAAUCAUAUACAGAAAGCGAUUUUGCUUUCUCAAGAGCUGGAUAAAGUUACGGAGCUCAAGUUCAGAAUGAUUGAUUUUCAAUGUAAUAUUCUCAAAAGCACAAAAAACUUUAAAGCAGCGAAAAAUCUUAUGAAAUCAUGUAUAGUUGAAGCAAUAGAGAAUAAUACACCUAAUUGGACAUAUCACUUUUUAUUGCAAUGUGCAGAAUUUCACUAUAUCGAAGGAGAUUUUAAUGGAUGUUCGAAAAUAUUAAAGCAGGCAGAGUCAAUGGCUGAUCAGAAAGGAGAUGUUGAAAUGAAGGCUUGCCUUCUAAUUUCAAUGGCUCAAUAUGCAUUCUCAAGUCAAAAUUAUCCAGAAGCACAACAUGCUCUUGCUGAGCUCUCAACGGUUUAUUUUCCACCGCCUUCAAGUCGUCCUCCACCAACAUAUCAUAUAUUCCCAAUAUCCAAUCAGCUCCUUUAUUUACAUUUUUCAUUAUUAUUCAUUACGUAUCAUAUGCAUACUGGAAAUAUGAAAGCAGCAACUGAAAAGUUAACAGAGGUGCAUCAAAUUUUAGAUCAGAAACAGGAUGAAGUUACAUUGGAUGAAUUAAAAGGAUACACCACGAUACAUAUAUCAGCUGCACCAACGACCUCAAUGACCACAUAUGCGAAUGCAACAACAGCAGCACAAAGUCUACCGGUCACAAUCCGUUGGCUAUCAAAAGCCGAGAUUUAUACUCUUACAUUUUUGAUAUCAGGGAUAUGUAAUCGUGGAGAUACUUCAACAAUAAAGUCUAUUAUAUUCUUGACAGAAGGAUUAAAGAUUGUUGAGAGGGAAAUAUAUUCGAAUGAUGACAACCAAUUUCCGAUCCAUGAUGUCAUCAAAUCUAAAAAAUUUUACGUUACAUUAAAGGCAUAUAUGCUUCAGCAUCUAGUUGACUCUUAUUUGAUGAGAUCAGAUUUCGAUGAUGCCGAAAAAACUAUUGCACAAUUGAUAAAUUGGAUAACUGAAUAUAACUUAUGGGCACAAUUCCAUGUUUCAGUAACACUUGCAUUAGGGAUGAUAAACCAAUGCGUAGGUAAAACUUAUGAAGCUAUAGAACAUUAUAAACAAGUGGAAAAGAUUGCUGAUAAUAGAGAAAUUAGAAUAUUAUCUAAGGUUAACCGUGCAUUAAUAAUGGUUGGAAGCGGUAACAAUCACCAUCAAGAUAUUGGAACAAUAAUAAAGGAAAUAAAACAAGAAUUGGUAUACCAAACACAUAAUAUAGAUAAUUUAAGAGCAGCAUUACACUUCUUGGAAGCGUUAUCAUAUGGUGAUUUCUCACGAACAAAGGAACAUUUGGCAGAAACUUUAAAAUUGUCAACAACAUUAUUUAAUAAUCAGCUUAAAUCUUUAACGCUUUCAUAUCUUGGUGAAAUAUUUUGUGCUGAACAUAAUGAACAAGCGGAAAAAAUGUUAAGUGCCGCAUAUCAGUUAUCAAAGGAUGCCAAUAAUGACUUGGGAUGUCUUGUUUCAGGUCGACUUUUAAAAGACAUUUACAGAUUUCAACAUAAUCAACUUAAUUAUACAAACCGAGCGGCGUUUAAUGAACAACAUGAAUUGGCAGUACAGAAAACACUCGCAAAUUGGAGCGAAAAAAGAAGAGUUGUAUUGGAUUUGAUCGAAAAUGAUGGCAGUAAAUCAAGUUCUACUCCCAUAAUACAACAUAAUGCUAGUGGUGAAAAUAGUAUGGGUUCUUCUAAUACGAAUAUGAUGCAUAGUGUGCCAGGAGGUGGAGGAUAUGUAUAGACCGCGAGUCUUGUUAAAUCUAAUAUAUUUUUCUGUAAUAGAUUCUUGUAUAGAUCUUUAAUUAUAUAUCACCGAAAUUUAAUAUAAUAGUAAAUUUAUUAAUUUAUAUUUCUAGGUACAUUGUAUAUUAUAUUUAAGUUAUAUAAUUAUUAUAUUUUAAUAAUUAUUAUAUUUAAGUUACAUAGUAUAUUUAAGUUAUUUAUUAUGAUGUAAUUAUUCACAAGAUUAGAACCAUUUGGGAGUACCAUUUGGGAGUACCAUUUUUAGUCCAGAAGACUUGCUAAAACAAGUAAAAAACAAGUUUCAUUUAUUGUACGAUAAAUAUAAAUCUUGUCAAAAUCUUGUAUAUUGUCGUGCAUUAUUUUAUACGUAAUAUGGCAUAUUGUGUAAAGUCGCAAGAAAUAAAAAAAAUAUUUCGUUACUUUCAGACUCUC